CAGGUAGUUUGCUGUUGGAGAGGAAGUUAUAAGUAGUAAGACAAUGACGCUGAACUCCAGUGAAGUCCUGGUCUGAUCCUGUUUGUAAAGCAGCAACUUGGAUUUCCCUGACGGCACUAGCGAUGCACCCUCAGCGCCCUCUCCCCCAGGCCGUGCCUUCCUCCUCUCUGGGACAACACCUCCGGGACAUGGCGAUGGGUCUGGGACGGAGCAAGAGCUUCCUCGGUGGGAAUGCUGCCUACGGUUUCAUCCAGUCGGCUAAAGAGUGUCUCUAUUUCCUCCUCUGCUGCUGGUGCAUCAAAGAGAUCCUGGACUGAUGAGCCGAAUGGAAUUAUGUUUAGAAGAGUUUUUAUUUAAAUUUUAUUGGCUUCUUUAUUACAGUUUGAUCCACACUUCCGGGAAAGUACCAUGUUUGUAGGAUGCUACAGAUCCACGAGAAGUUUCCGCUUCAACUUUGCAGAAACGGAGUGCUGAUUUCUGGAGAUCUGCCACCUUGAUGUUAACCGAUGUGACGAUUAAUGAAUAAAUAAAUGAACUAAUUA